AUGGCAUCCUUGUGCUCACAGGCCAUUAAGGCGGCCGAGGCAGCCCUGAAGCGCAUGACGGUAUCCCCAACCCUUCUCCCUGAGCUGCUGGCACGGGCCACCGGCAGUCCCUCGGCGGAAGUACGGCAACUGUCUGCCGUACUGCUUCGUAAGGCUGUCACGAAACACUGGACCAAGCUGUCUGAUCCGGACCGCGCCCACAUGCAAACUGUCCUCUUGGACCGCCUGGUUUCGGAGCCCUAUCACCCGGUUCGCCGUAGUCUUGGCCACCUGGUGGGUGUGGUGGCGCGCUACUCCGUCCCCCGGGGCGAGUGGCCCGGGCUGUUGGAGUUCCUAGGGCGGUGCAGCGGCAGUGGGGAUGCCGGUCACAGAGAGGUGGCGCUCACAUUGCUGGGGUCGCUGGCAGAGCAUGUGGCCGAUCACCUGGCGGAUCACGUCCCCAGUUUGAUUCAGGUGGUGGGCUCCGGGCUGCGGGACGGGUCGUUGGAGGUCCGCCGGGCGGCAGUGCGGGUGAUGGAGCCCCUGGCGGCCCUGGUGGCGGGGAGGGGCUCGGGGGACGUGGAGGCAUUCCACGGACUGGUGGCGGCACUCAUGGAGGUCGCGAGUGCCGCCCACACCUCCCGCACCGACGACGAGACUCUGGUGCUGUGUCUCCAGCUGCUGGUGGAGCUGUGCGAGAGCUCUGCGCCCCUGCUCGGGAAGCACCUGGUGGUGGUGGUGGGGCUGGCCAUGAGGGUGGGCACCGACUCCAGGGGGGAGCUGGCGACACGGGAGGCGGCACUGGAGGUCAUUCAUUGGGCUGCUCGCUACAAGCCCAAGCAGUUUGGACGAAACAAGGAUUUGGUUCGUCAGGUGGUCGGGGCCUUAUGCCACAUGGCCGCGGAGUCCCCUCCCGCGGAUCUGGAUCCCGACGACGAGGGAACUCUGCCCCCAGCGAAAUUGGCCACGCAGGCGCUGGACGCCGUGGCCCUCUACCUGCCGGCUCAGAGCGUAUUUCCCGGGGUGCUAUCUUUUGCCCGCGAGGCGCUGUCCUCCCCCCAGGCCCCCCACCGGGAGGCCGCACUCACCUCCCUGGCUGUCGUAUUCGAAGGAUGUGCGGAGCCGCUCAGGAAGCGACUCAAGGACGUGAUGCCGCUGCUGCUCACGGGUCUGCGGGACAGUGACCCACGGGUCCGUGGUGCCGCGGCUUUCUCCAUGGGCAUGGCGGCGGAGUUCCUGCAGCCCGACGUGGUCGAGUACUACAAGGAGGUCCUCCCGCUGCUGUUCCCCCUUAUGGUGGAGGGCAAUGCGGAUGUGUGUGAGAGGACGUGUUACGCUCUGGACACUUUUUGUGAGGCGCUGGAGGGUCCGGAGAUCGUGCCGUACUUGGAGCAGUUGGUCUCGGGGCUGUGUACCGUGCUCGGUGUCACAGGACCUGCCGUACAGGAGUUGGCGCUGUCAGCACUGGCCUCGGUGGUUUCGGCGGCUGGCAAGGAGUUCGAGCCGUACCUUGGUCCCCUACUGCCCGUGCUGCACCACUUCUUGUCCGCUACAUCCCCUGGACUGCUGGCGUGUCGGUGCCGCGCCACCGAGACAGCGGGCUUGCUGUUCGAGGGGGUGGGAGGGGGGUGUACGGCUCUGCGCGCCUUAGCGCCGGCACUCGUGGAGUUUGGACUACAGGGUUUUAAAUUGGACAGCUCGGAGCUUCGGGAGUACGGACACGGCAUGUUUGCGUGCAUUGCCAAGGCGCUAGGCGCGGACUUUGUGCCGUACCUGCAGUACACCGUACCGCUGGCGCUGGAGUCCAUUGCUCAGAACGACGGCAUGUGGGACGAUGAUGAUGAUGAUGAUGAUGAGGGGGAGAGUGAGGAGGAGGAAGAGGGGGAGGACGAGGGUGCCAGGAAGAGGGCGCAGCAAUUUAGCAUUAGAACGGGUGUGUUGGACGAGAAGUGCGCCGCCACAGCGGCUCUAGGGUUGUACGCCCAGGCCGCUCCCGCCGCCUUCAUGCCGUACAUGGAGCAGGCGUUGACGGCGCUGACUAAGUCACCGGGGGGAAUGUGCCGGUACUUCCACGAGGAAGUGCGGGUGCAGGCGGCGGAGGCGCUGCCUCGCCUCGUACUGGCAGUGUACGGCACAUGUCCGCCGCCAGCUGGAGCAACUGGCGCCGCCGCCAUUACUCCGCAAGUACGGCACGUGCUCGACGUGGCACUCCAGGAGUUGACUCGCGCGCUGAACGACUCCGACCCAGGGGUCACAACGGCGGCGCUGCAGGCCCUGACGGUGUUGGUGAAGCAGCUGGGCGUGCAGGCUCUAGGGGGGGAGGUGAUGCAGCAGCUGGCGGAGGCUGUCACCUCGGUCUUGAAGGGGGAGGCGCCGUGCCAGGCUGUUUUUGACGAAGAGGACGACGAUGGCGACGACGGCGACGAUGAGGCCGGCGGCGGCGGUGACGAGGAGGAGGAGCUCCUGGCGGCGGCGACGGAGCUGCUGCCGGUGCUGGCGGCGGCGGCGGGGCCUGACGCCUAUGUCCCCGUGUUCCGGUCCUCCCACCUGCCGGCGCUCCUCCACCGGCUGAGGGCCCGGCAGCCUGCGGACCUUCGCAGUGUCGCGGUGGGGGGGCUGGCGGAGGUGGCGGAGGUGCUCAAGGAGCUGAUUCCGCCGCUGUUGAGAGAGCUGCGUUGCUCCGAGCCCAUCAACCGACAAAACGCCGCGUUCUGUGUGGGCGUGUUGGCGGAGGGGUGCGGGGGGCCGGCAAUGGCGCCGCAUUACCCCAAGCUGCUGCAGGCGGUGUUGCCCGUGUUCCUGGGAGCGCUCCCGCUGCGGGAGGACCUCAAGGAGGCGGGAGCUGUGUUUGGGGCGCUGUGCGGCCUCCUUACAGGUGAUCAGGCUCAGCGUGUGGCGGGUUUGGUGCCCCAGGUGGUGGCGGCAUUCGGUGCAGCGGCGGUGCAGCAGCCGCCCCUACCCCAGGAGGUCGUGGUGCAGGUAGCGAGGACGCUGGCGGCGCUGACGCAGCAGUUCCCCGGACCCAUGGGUCCGUUGGUGGCGGCGCUGCCGGCGGAGCAGCGGGCGGCGCUGGAGGCGGCUGCGGCGCUGCCGGCGGCUGCUGGGCUGUGA